GCUCGCAUCCUAUGGCCCAGGGUGUCGCACCGCUACACCAUCAUUAUCAUUAUCACCGUCAUCGGUUAUUUCGCAAGUGAAGUGCCAGCGAGAAUUAUUUUAAAUUUUAAAUAAAAUACUAUCUGCGCUAAAUGUCAUUUCAUACACUCACAUUAUAAAUCAUUGUCUUGUCAUUUUUUUUAACUGUAUUAUGUAUUUUUUUAUUUAUUUUUUGCCGUACCCGCUCUCGUAUCUCGGUUUACUAAACACAUGAAUACUCUGGGCUUUAUAUAGUAACUCAGCUCUAUACUUGAAUACUAUACACAACAGAAUAGAAUUGGAUACGACUAUUCUCGGGCUUUAUGGUAUGGAAACACACAAGUGGAUGAUACAUAGACAGUCUUGGUGUUGACCUCACUGCUAAUUUUAAAAAAAAUUUUAAAUCUGAAACACGAUGGAUCCCACGGAUAUGGAUGCUGAGUUCGAAACGCCAUCCAAGUGUUUGAUAUUACUUUGUUUAAUAUGGAAGUUUUUUAAAUGUAUAUUUUCACAUGUGACACUUGUAUCACUUGUCGUAGCUUAUUGCGUUCUCGGUGCCUAUGCAUUUGAAAGACUCGAGUCUGGAUAUGAAAAAGACGUGAAGCGCAGCAUAAAAGACAUCCGUGGUAAUGUCACUGAAAAGUUAUGGAUAAUGACACAAUCGGCGGAGAUACUUAUUCGUAAAAAUUGGACGGAUGAUGUAGUAGAAAAAUUGCGGGCUUUCGAAACGGAUCUUUUGAAGAAAAUGAAAAAAGACGGCUGGGAUGGAAGCGAAGAAGAGGACGAAAUUCAGUGGACUUUUGCCGGUGCUCUAUUUUACUCAAUCAUUGUUAUCACAACGAUAGGGUACGGUCACAUUUCUCCAAAGACUCCGAACGGCAAGGUCGUAACUAUUUUCUAUGCUAUACUUGGCAUACCCCUGAUGUUACUAUGCCUAUCUAAUAUUGGGGAUGUCAUGGCCUCGAGCUUCAGAUUUCUUUACUGGAAAAUUUGCUGCUAUGUUUGCACACGACCGCCUAAGCCACGACGUGUACGGAGCAGUCACUUAGCUCGAGGAUAUAGCGUUCGUCAGGGAUCUGGCCGACCUGGAUCAAGACCGGCUUCAUUACGUAGGUCCGUUAGGGCAAGUCAUAGAUCGACGGACUCGGCUCUUGGUCAUUCAGGAAGCAUGGCCCGAUCAACGCACUCCGAGACAGUCGCUGCUGGAGAGUCUCAUCGAUUAAAUCCUCCGCGUCGUUACGACGUCGAUGGCAACUUUAAUGACUUUACAAAGCGAUCGACUCUGCCGGGCAGUGCCUCACCUCGUCAUCUGCAGUCAAUUAGUCCCAUGAGACACACGUAUGACGUACCGGGCACGUCGACAGCACCGAGAAUCGUCAGUGGCAAUAGUAGGAGAGCCCGCAGUGGGACAGCGACCUCGCACACUCCCGGGGCAACCCAGUCGCUUGAUAGGCGAUUGCUCUUUGCUCCAAAUGAUAUCGAUGAUCGUACACCAGUGCUUUUCAACAAGUAUGCCCUAGAUGAGCCGUCAUGCUUACCAAGACAUCAUCCAGAGACUGAUAAUCAAAAUACUGGCCUCUACGAUGACGUUCAUCCAUCACGUCCGAGUAUCGCGACGAAAAGCAGACUCAAACCAGAUAACGUGGCCUCGUCCACAUUGCCUCGUGUCGAGCGAUCUGUGAUAACGCCACGCAGAUGUUACUCGGUGGAUCCUUCCGCAGUUGCCAGCGAGCCGAGUCCAUAUCUCGAGGUCUCACGACCUAGAAGAAUUCCCAGCGGUGGAAUACGACGUCCCCGUAGCAAUCUUAGUUCUACUUCCCGCACACCCAGAAGAGAAGCACCAUCGCCGCGAAUCAUGUCCCCCAUGGGCUUUGCCGUUCAUCGUCAAGUUUAUGCUGACGAUAUCGAAUAUGAUGAGUAUUUGAUGCCCGCUGAAGAUCAAACAAUAAAACCCGUUCCAAUUUGGCUCUGCGUAUUUCUGGUCGUUAGUUACAUAUUAGGCGGUGCUGUUUUAUUUAACGAGUGGGAAAGCUGGAUCUUUCUUGACUCGGCAUAUUUCUGUUUCAUUACUCUUACAACCAUAGGGUUUGGUGAUUUCGUGCCGGCUCACAAACUUAAUGCACAUCAGGGAAUUGCACUCUGCUCGCUCUACCUCCUCUUCGGUAUCGCCCUACUUGCAAUGAGUUUUAAUUUGGUUCAGGAAGAAGUAAUAACAAACGUCAAGAGCGUCGCUAAACGGCUGGGUAUCAUAAAGGAGGAUGAAGAUGAUGAGGAAGAUGACAUCGAUGACAACGACGUUGACGUAAUUAACGACGAAUAUGAAGAUAGAAAUUAUGACUGCGAGUACGCUGAAUAUCCAGGCAAUCAUCGCGGUUACAGUUACGGUCAUCAUGAUCUUGAGAUGUCGUAAAAUAAAAUAUUUGAUAAUUAAAAAUUUAUACUUAAAUAUUAAAUUAAUUAAAAACUUGGGAUUGUGAGGCAACAUGAAGCUCAAUACAAUAUUGUAAUUUAUUAAAAUACUAUUUUCAAAGUUACAAGUAUAACUUUUUACACGCCUAAGAACAAGACGAAGAAGUAGACGAAGGUGAUUUCUCAUAUGACAAAAACCGCGGCAUCUUUUUCUUCUUCUUCUCUGUCUGGUCGUGGUAGCCGCCGCCGCCGCCGCGGUAUCGCCACCGCAAAACAGUACAGCUUGCUGCUACUCUACUCUAUAAUUUUAGAAUUGUGCUAUUUCGAGUUAGUGUGCCGCGUCGUCGUCAGACCACGAGAGACAGACUCAUACCAUCCGAGUAGUAUACAUCCGAGAGGCUCCAGCUCAAACGAUACUCCCCUCUUCAAUUCAAACGCUCUUUCGAGCUAAAGUGUAUAUCUGCCUCAUAUUAUUUCUUCUUCUUUUUGUUCUUUUUAGAUCAACUCUAUCUAUCUAUCAAUAAUAUAUAUCUACCUCACUUUCUUAUACAUUCACUUGUAUAUUACAUAUCUCUUUGAAACCGGCCAGCGUGAAGACAUAAAGAAUAUCUAUAUAUACAUAUACAUACAUACAUAUUUUUUUUUCACUUUGAUAAAUCAAUCGUGCGACGAGUUUUUUACACAAGUUUAAAUUGAGAUUGUCCUCAAUAUAAUAAAACGUUCACGAGUGUCUUGUUGCGGGUGAUACAGCGAUUCAGCACGUGCAGAUUUUAGUAAUUUAUUUAUUUUUAAAAUUAAUGUCUUGAUAUUAGUUUUUAAAAAAUAGUGAAUCCUGUAAAUAUGAGAUGACAGAUCGUCAAUUGUGCACUGGUGGUAUCAUCGGGUGGUUCUGCCGAUGAUAACAGUAAUGACGAUUAGAUUUGUCCUGU